AUGCCUUACGGACGAUAUUUGCGCACAUUCAAUCUAGACAUUCUCAACUGGAUAUCCACCGUUGUUCCCCGCCAGGAGCAUAUAAGAUUGUUGGAGGAUGGCAAGCUGGAAAGGAAAUAUGCGAACGCUGGCCAAUGGCUGUUUCAUGAUCCGGAAUUUGAAAGCUGGUCUGCACACGAAAAUAAAGACACGGCAACAUUGUGGCUUUGUGGUCCUGGCAUUUCUCGCAAAGGCGUUCUCGUGAUUGAACACAGUCUGAAGUAUAAACAGUCUAUCGACGCCGAUAAAGAGCAAAUAGCAUACUUUUACUGCACUAAAAAGCAAGGGGAAGUGCAUGGGAGCGACCCGAAGACGAUUUUGCGAAGCUUGGUGCGACAACUAGCUUGGUCGGCAGACAAUCAAUCAAUAUCAAAGCCUGUCAAGGAUAUAUAUGACGAAAGCCAGCUAUCUCAUGAAUGCGAAGAAAGCAGACUUCCAGUCACAGCUUGCGUCUCGCUGCCCACAAAGCUCGUGUCAACUCGUUAA